AUGUCCACCACAACACGAAAAACCUUUCCCUCACAACAGCAACAAUCAUCAUCACAUAAUGUGACAAGUAAAAAUCCACCAUCAACCUCAUCCUCCACAAUAAACUCCACCAACAAACCAAAAAGAAACUUUUCCUUUCCCUAUGAAAAACCAUAUGAUAUCCAACAACAAUAUAUGGAACAAUUAUUUGAUACUAUCCAAAGUGGCAAGGUAGGAAUAUUCGAAUCUCCAACAGGAAGUGGUAAAUCAUUGAGUUUAAUUUGUGGAGCCUUGUCAUGGCUCUAUGCUCAUUAUGCAGAAAGAGAUGGAAUUAGUAAUGAAAAUAAUGAUCAACAUCAACAUCAUUAUGUAAACUCAACUUGUUUAAAGAGAAAAUUGAAUAGUGAUAAUGAUGAUGAAGAACCUUCAUGGGUCACUGAACAAACAUUAAAAAGACAAAAGGAUGAAGAAGAAUUGGAAAGAAAGGAACGAUUGGAAAAGAGUAAGAAGAAUGUUCAAAAGUAUGAUGAGAGGAGACAACAAUUUCUUGCAGAUACCAUUCUAAAGGAGAGUGAUGAUGAUUUAUUAUUGAAUGAAGUGGAUGUUCUAGAUAAGAUUGGAAUUAAUAAUGAAUUAUUAAAGGAUUUAUAUGAUGAAGAUGAUAGUGAUGAUGAAAGACCAAUCUUUUCCACAAGUUAUGGUCAAAAGAAAGCAGUUGAGGAGGAUAAUUUUGAAACACCUAAAAUUAUAUAUUGCAGUAGAACACAUUCUCAAUUGAAUCAAUUUGUUCAGGAAUUGAGAAAGACUGAAUUUUCAAAGAAGGUUAGAGUUUCUAAUAUUGCCUCGAGACAAGUUUUAUGUAAUAACGAAGAUGUGCUCUAUAGAAAAACAAAGAAUGGAAAUAUUCAAAAUUCUCUCAAUGCAAUCAAUGAGAAAUGUCAAUAUUUGAGAGAUAAAAAGGCAUGUUCUUAUGAUAAUGAUCCCUCACUAUUUAAAGAUCACAUGACUGUUAAGGUACAUGAUAUUGAGGAUUUAUUGGAUUUGGGAAAGAGAUUGAAAAUUUGUUCUUAUUUUGGAACAAGAAAGGCACUUCCUAUAUCAGAGUUAAUUUGCAUGCCUUACAAUUCACUUAUUCAUGAACAAACUAGAAAAUCACUUGGUAUCUCAACAUUGAAGGAUUGUGUUGUAAUUAUUGAUGAAGCUCACAAUUUGAUUAAUGCUAUCCAUCAAAUGCAUUCUGUCGAAUUGGACAUUACUCAACUUUAUUUAGUUAAUGAGACACUUAAUAGUUAUUAUACUAAAUUCAAGAAUAGACUUUCAAGUACCAAUCAAACAAAUAUUAACAGACUAUUAACAAUUAUUAACAAUAUGAUAACCUAUCUUAAUACUGUAAAGAAACCAUCUACUCUUAAUAUUAUUGCAGAUGAAGGAACUGGUUCUAAUGAUAUUGGUGGAUUUAUUGUUUCCAUUACUGAUCUCGUUUUUGAGACUAAAUUAGAUAAUAUUAAUUUAUUUGAUAUUGCAGAAUUUAUAGAAAAGUCAGAUUUAACUAAAAAGUUGAACAUGUUCAUGGAAAGACAAGACUCUAAUAAUCAAACUGUUACCAUUCACAAUAACAAGACAGUGAAGAGAAACAAUUACUCUGCAAACUAUGUACAAUACAAUGCAACAAAACCCUCAAUAGAUGUAUCUAAAAUUAUCACACCAGCAACAAGUAAUAUUGCUGUAAAUAAUUUUAUUAAAUUCCUUCUCCUUAAUCCUAGUGUAUACUUUCAAUCUAUUUUAAAAGAAGCUAGAUCAGUAAUUUUAACUGGAGGAACUAUGGAACCAAUACAACAAUUAAUACAACAAGUAUUUCCCAAAACAGAAUCUUCCAAAAUUCACAUUUAUCAAUGUGAUAAGCACAUUGUUCCCCAAAAUCAUUUCUUACCGAUCGCCCUUUCCAAAGGUGUCGACGAUAUUGUAUUAGAUUUCACCUUUAAAAACAGACAAAAGAAUGAUGCCCUAACAAAAAGUUUGGGUAAAAUGAUAGUGAACUUGUGUAAUAUUGUUCCUGAUGGUGUUGUACUGUUCUUCCCUAGCUACCAAUAUGAGAAGACAGUAUUCGAAUACUGGAAGAAUAAUGGUAUAAUUGGCCAAAUAGAAAAGAAAAAGAAAUUCUUGAGAGAGGCAAGCACCAAUGAGGAACCCAACUCAUCAUUGGAAAAAAUCUUACAGGAAUAUAAGAAGAUUAUUGAUCAUAAUUUUGGAAAUUCUAGAUAUAAUGGAAGUGUUUUGAGUUGUGUUGUGGGAGGUAAACUUUCAGAGGGAAUUAACUUUUCAGAUGGAUAUGGUCGAUUGAUAAUUGUCGUUGGAAUGCCUUAUCCAAAUACUACCGAUCCUGAAUUGGUAGAACAACAGAACUUUUUUGAAAAAACCACCAAAGUCAGUAAGGGAGAAUAUUUAGACAAUCUUUGUAUGAAUGGAGUUAAUCAAUCAAUUGGAAGAGCAAUUAGACAUAGUAAGGAUUAUGCAACUGUUCUUUUAUUAGAUAAGAGAUAUCACCAAUCGAGAUUAACAAACAAACUCUCAAAGUGGAUAAGAAAAGGCGUUCAAAUUCAAGAUUCAUUUGGAAAGAGUGUUAACUCUAUUGAGCAAUUCUUUAAAGAGAAAUCAAAAUAUCAAUCAGAUAUUGAGAAGAGUAGAAAAGAUCAAUGGAUCAAGCUAACAACAACAACACUUAAAAAGUAAAUAAUUUAGAAAUUUAUAAUU